CAGAUAUUUUGGGUUUCAGUAGUCCCAGCAAAAUUGGAAAAUGAGAAAACACCAAACUUCUCCUCCCUCAUUCCCAGGAAGCAAGUCACAGUGAUGCUGCUGAACCCAACCUCAACCUCAACCUCCUUCUAGGGUUUCCAAUUUCCCCAAUUCCCAAUUCCCAAUCCCUCCAAAAAAUGGCUACUUUAUUAUCCUUCCAACCCUCCCCACUCCUCGCCCCGGCUCCGAAUCCCCGGAACCCUCUCCUCCCUCGAACCCACCUCCACUACGGCUUCUCCUACCGCGGCUCGCUCGCCGUCGCCCGCCUCGGACUCGGGUCGGGUCUCCUCCCCGACCCGGAAGACGCCGAGCCCGUGCUCAAGGAGCUGCUCACUAAAGCCGAGAGCUUGCUGUACACGGUGGCCGACGCGGCGGUCUCGGCUCAGUCGGCGACGGAGAAACUAAGCAGCAGCAAGCAGGGCAACGAUUGGCUCUCCGGGAUUACGAAUUACCUCGAGAGCGUGCUCAAGGUUUUGAAGGAUGGGCUCUCCAGUGUUCAUGUUCCUUACUCUUAUGGCUUCGCGAUUAUACUGUUGACUGUUCUCGUUAAAGCUGCGACCUUUCCUUUGACGAAGAAGCAAGUCGAGUCUACUAUGGCUAUGCGAUCGUUACAGCCUCAGAUAAAAGCCAUACAAGAACGCUACGCUGGGGAUCAGGAGAGAAUUCAACUCGAAACUGCGCGGUUGUAUAAAUUGGCUGGCAUAAACCCCUUGGCAGGAUGCCUGCCUACUCUUGCAACGAUACCGAUAUGGAUUGGUCUGUAUAGGGCUCUUUCGAAUGUGGCAGAUGAGGGGCUCCUUACGGAAGGCUUCUUUUGGAUACCAUCGUUGGCCGGUCCUACAACAAUUGCUGCUCGAAGUAGUGGCAGUGGAGUCUCUUGGCUUUUCCCUUUUGUAGAUGGUCAUCCACCCCUUGGAUGGUCAGACACCUUGGCAUAUCUUGUCUUGCCCGUUUUGCUGGUUGCCUCGCAGUACAUAUCUGUUCAAAUUAUGCAGUCAUCACAGCCACAGACUAGCGAUCCAAACAUGAAGAGUUCACAAGCAAUUACCAAGUUCCUUCCUUUGAUGAUUGGUUACUUUUCUCUUUCAGUUCCUUCCGGUCUAAGUCUCUAUUGGUUCACAAAUAACUUACUGAGCACAGCACAACAAGUAUGGCUUCAAAAGUUUGGGGGUGCUAAAAAUCCAAUUAGUCAACUAAGUGAUACCAUUGUCAAGGAAGAGGAACCCCAAAUUCAAAAGUCUGUCUCUGCACUAAGUUCAACCAAGUCUGUCUCUACUCUAAAUUCAACCAAAUCUGUCUCUGCUCCUACUUCAACCCAAAAGGAUGCGAAACAAGAAGUGAAGUUGACUUCAGAGGGUCUGCGCCCUGGUGAAAGAUUUAAAAUGAUAAAGGAGCAAGAAGCCCGGAGAAAACAGCAAAGAGAAGAAGAAAAGAGGAAACUUGAAGAGGCAGCAGCCAAAGGAACUCAAAUAGCUAAUGAGAUACAUGGAGAAGCCAGAUUACUUGAGAGAGAAAAUGGAGUUGCAGUUGAAGUAGUGAAAAAGAGAGAAGAAGUUGAAUCUCAGACCACAACUCAUAAUUCCUCUCGUGUUGGGGUUCCUGUGAAUGGUGAUGGGUCCAUACAGGAAUUGAAGGAAGAUCAGAACACAGUGUCUGCGCUUCAGAUGGAAAGCAGUGAAGUUUCUACCAUUCCAAAUGAUGAGCACGAGUCACUCAAAAGUAGAGAAAAUGAAAAGGAAGCGGUUAAAGUACAAACUUCCACAACCACUGUGGAUAAAACAGUAUCUGGAGACGGCAGAGAGUGACAAACCAUGUAGCAUAAGCAUUGUUCAUUCGGUAAAUGAGUCUAGCUAUUCACGUUGAGAGGAUUGUUACUGAUCACCCAAGUAGAAUAUGGAUAGGGUCCGAGCCAUUCAAAGCAGUCAGGGUUGUAUAUUAUAUCCAAGAGAGACGAGUAGGAUCUACGAGAUUUUGGGGUUAGCACUCUGUAGCUGGAACAAGCGUUUGAAUACAUGUUCUGCAGAAAAAGGUUACUUUCCCUUGUAAUGGCAAUGUUCUUUAUUAUUUUUGUGAAAUGGGAAAAAUGGAUAGGAAACUUAGCAGAUGUAUGGGAUUUUUUUCUUUUUCUUUGUUGUUCAUUGUGUAGCCGCACAAGUUAUGAAUGAAUGAUAUACAAAUUCAGCUAUUGCUAUGUAACA